CCCGCAGCUGUUGACCGGCCCAGGCCGCCGCCCGCGCUGCCGCUUCCGGCUCGGGCACCGCCUCCUGCCCCCGCCCCCACCCAGGGGAGCCGCUGCCGCCGCCUUCCCGGUCCCUCCAGUCCGUCUCCCUGGGGUGCCGCGGCCGCGCUGGGAGGCCGGCAGGAGAAACGUGGAGACUUUGACAGGCUCUGGAAAGACCUCGGUGGCCCGGGGCGGGGGGGGGUUCCUGGGCUCUCUGCCACACGAGUCGCGCUGGUAUUUUCCUGGCGUCCCAAACCAAAGAUUUCAGGGGUCUGUCCAAACCCCAGAAGCCAAGGUUUGCAUUUUUGACGAUGACAUGCUUUGUGAGAUGAAGCCACGAGAAAAGCAGAUCCCCAAAGCAGAGCUGAAUGAAAUCUCCAGAAGCCCUUCCCUGUGCCAUAAAGAAAAAAUGGAUUGGCUGGAAAUGGGGAAGGAACUAAGCUUCAGGAAACUAGCAGAGGGUUCAGAGUACCCAGAACAUCUGAAGUACAGCUUCAACAUAAAAGGUGAACUGAGGCAUCUAGAUACCAAUGAACCCUUUGUCUUUAAUUACUACAAAAAUGCACAUGAGAACAAUCAUAAACGCUAUCAGAUAUUAGGACAUCUCAUUGAACAGUAUGUUUAUCAACUCCUGGAAAGAGCAUGCAAGCUGCAGAGAGUCCAUGUUCCAAUAGAUGCUAGAGAGAAUGAACCCAGGAGUUUCUUUUUCAUGAGUGAGAAAGCAUUAACAAAUCCCUCAAGCCUAGUUGUCCUUCUGCAAGAUCAUGGAGUCUUUCGGGCUGGGCAAUGGGGUCAGAAGACCAUAAUCCAUGAGGGCCUGGAGCAUGGAACUCAAAUACCAUUCAUCCAAAUGGCUCUCCAUGACUAUGGGGGAGUUAUUGUAUUAAAUCCCAAUGACAAUUUUAUUGAUAUGAAGAUGGAGGAGGAACGCUUGAGUUUCUUAACUAAGGGAGAAUCACUGUUCAAUGGCCAAUCCAUGGGGCAGAUCCCAAAGAGAUGCAGCAGCAGCCCUGAAGAACAUACCAUCUAUGUCUGGGAUCAUUUUAUUUCAUCCAAGAGUUUAGCCAAGAAUGUAGCCUUCAUUGCUCAUGGCUAUGGAGGCUUGGUUUUCAUCAAUUUACUCAUGCAGAGGAAGUGGGAGGUGAUGAAUAAAGUGUAUUCUGUGGCCUUUAUUGACUCCAUGCACCACACACAACACCAGGUGGGAAGCAAUCCAGAAGUGCAAGAAUGGAUACAGAAGCACUGUCGUGAAUGGGUAACAAACAGUAAACAUUUAGAUAGGCCCACAGGUUCCCUUGUUAAAGUGGAUUGUCCUAAAGUCUCUGCGGGGACUGAAAAAUACACCUUAGCUCCCUCCUACAGCUUACAGGCCAUCUUCAAGUACCUGAAGAGCACACUGAAAGCAAAGACCAUGGUAGCUUCCCCUCGUUCACCUAUUAAAACAAGGAGCACGUCAAGUAAGAGAUGCAGUAAAUAAGAGGAUGUUGAAUUAAUUUUCAUAACCCUCAUCCCAUGCCUAGCUCUGAAAAUUUGAAACAAAAGCUCUCAUUGUAGAAGUUUUGGUAUUGAAUUUCUGAACCUUUCUUUUCUGAUUCCCUGCUUCCCCCCCCCCUGCCAGGCAGAAAACAUUGUAUUAGAAAAGGGUUGAUGUUACUCUUUUCAGAAAAAUGAAUUGUGCUUUUUAAAUGGAUGCCUGUAAACUGUUCCAAAAUUUAAAGGGUGCAAAGUAAAGAUCUUAAGGUACA